CCUUGCUUUUAGCUCUAUGAGUACCGUGUCUUAUAUGGAUGAACCAGGCCAACGUGACGAGGUCUCUCGCCUUGCAGUCCAGAUGGAGAACACCUAUCAGUUGGGUCCUACCAAACAUUUUCCUGUGGUCACUGUUAAUCAUAUCUUGCAAGAUGUGUUGACUGACUAUCUGCAAAAAGAAGAGUAUGAACCAGAGUUCUGCAGACAGAUAACUAAAACAAUUUCAGAGGUUAUUAAAGCCCGGGUCAAGGAAUUGAUGAUUCCACGGUACAAACUAAUUGUAAUGAUUCACAUUGGACAACUGAAUGGUCAGAGCAUACUUAUUGGAAGCAGAUGCCUCUGGGAUCCUAAAAGUGAUACAGUUUCAUCCUAUGUUUUCAGAAAUUCUUCUCUCUUUGCUCUUGCAAAUGUCUAUGCAGUUUACUUUGAGUGAUUGAAAAUGAGAAAUGUUGAUUUUUCUUUUCAAAUCAUGAAAUGGGCUGUAUCUGUGCACACACAAAGUGUUACUGUCAAAAAAUUUUAAGACUAACACUUCAAACAACUGGAAGCUUUUGAACCUUUUCACAUUGUAAGGAUCAGGGUCAGGGAGGGUGUAUGAGAGAGUCUUGUUUAUCCACAGCAGGAACUAAGUCUUGGUUCUGUUGGAUUGUUUUUCAUAAACACAGAUUCUUAUUAAAAAAAACUUUGGAUAGUAACUAUUUUAAUUAUCCUUUAGCUAGAAAGUUAGAAUUUCCUGCAAUCCUUUUUGAUGAAGAGAAUUUUUGGCAAUAUAUGACUAUAUAUCCUGGCCAACAGAAGAUAGUGGAAUAGUCAACAUGGUGUACACAAAUGAUAAAUGUUAAUAUGCCUCAGUGCUGCAUUAUAAAGGAAUACUGGUUUUCAUUUUGCACUUAAUAAAUUGAGCAGCAUUCAUUAACUGCAAUUAUUGUUACAUGUACCUGACAGUUGAAACUGCUGAGGUAGAAUUAAUGACUUCAUAACAAUUACCAUGGUCCCAUGGGGCCUCAAGCUAAAACUAGAAGCUCUUGUGGGCUGUAUGCACUUUACAAAAUUGUGGAAGGACCGUACAUUGGCUCUCCGAUAAUGGAAACUAUAACUGAACAAAGGCUUUUUAGGACACUGAAGUAAACAUUAUAUUAAAUAUACAUGAUGCUUAAUAGUAAAUGUAUCUGUAACACAUAAAAUCACAUAUUAGAAAGAGACACUACUUUUAAAUAUGCACUGCCUGAUGUGUCUCUGAAUAGGUUCUCCCCCCACUCAUGAAAUUUUACACAAAAUGUAUAGCUGGCAGCUUAACAAAUAAAACAUGUAUACUUACCAUUUUGUUCCUCUGAAUUUAAUACUAAAGUGACCCAGUGUGGUUUUGAAUGGAUGGGCAUUAAAAUUUACAGGGCUGAAAUAGCUUAUUAUUCUGCUAGUUAAUGUAUCUUAUACCAUGGAUCAUUUAUUUUUAUGGAGCUUUCAGGCCUUUGUGUGCAUGUAAAACGAUGCUGUGUUGUUCCUGGAUGGUAAGUCGACUGCCUAGAGGACGUUCGUUAAAGGUCAAAGACAAAUCGUUCACAUAUGGAGAAAAUUAGCAAUGUUAUAGUCCCAAGGAAAAAAUGAUGUGUAAUUCAUAUCAAAAAGAACUUAACAAAUGGAAAAACCAGUCAUUGCUUUGUACUUUUAAAUGUUUGGGUGUCUUACUCUUCCCUAAAAUGUAGUAAAAAAUGCCUGCCUUUUAAAUCCCUUUCCUUCUCCUUUUUCUGGCUUACCAAACGACUUUUCAAAGUGAAUUUGUCAAUUUUCAGGGUUUUUUCAAAAAAAUUUUUUGGCUGUUGA